AUCGAUUUGACCCGCAAUUAUUCAUUUCACUAUAUUGCAAAUUUUGACUUUCGACCUAUUACAAAAACAACGAUAUGUUCAUCGUUACUGCUCCAUUUAAAAAAAUUGUUUAUUAGUUUAAAAGCGAGUCAGUAGAAUUCACGAGUUCGCUCACCUAUAAGUAGUUAUACACAUUGGAAAAGUUUUAAUAAACAAAUUUGUUAAAACGCGUGAAGACGGAAGUUUUUACAAAAAAAACGAAUCAUGUUAUUCACAAUUUUAUUGAUUGCAAGUGCAAUAUCAACCCCUCACGCUUAUCCGUUUGCAUCAUAUUCAAAUCCAUCAUAUUAUCCAUACAACCAAGGCAACAGAGUGGUAUUUUCUGGAAAAGAUGCCAACUGGAGGUACACUGGAAACUACCCUAUUAGUCAUGGAGUGGGUUAUAGCGAUAAAAAUAGAGGUAGUUAUGGUGGGUAUCCUGGAGGUUACGAAUCGCAAGUUCGACAUGGUGCUCCCUACCUUGGAGAUUAUGGAAGCAAUGGUUAUGGGGGAGGUUUGGGAAACGGAGGUUAUUAUGGAGGCGGCUAUAGACCAGGUUUAGGAUAUGGAAAUUAUUAUGGAGGUGCCUACAGGCCGGGUGUGGGAUAUGGAGGUUACGGGAGUGGCUACGGUGGUCGAUAUGGUGGAUAUGGCGGUGGCGGUAAUGGUUACGGUGGUGGAUAUGGCGGUGGUUACGGCGGUUACGGUGGUUAUGGUGGUUAUGAAGGAUAUGGUGGUUACGGUGGCGGUAGUGGUUAUGGUGGUGGGUAUGGCAACAAUGGGGGAUAUGGUGGCAGGUUUUAUUAAGAACACGAAGAACGUGGGUUAAACAUCUAGUAUUUAAUUUUUGUGUACAGUACAAUAAUUAAAUUGAAUCGUCUUUUGCUUAUUUUUGUGUGUUAUUUAUUGUUCUCAAUUUGAAGCUGCAUAAACUUCUAUCAAUAAUAGCUUUUCAGUUUUUGGAUACAUUUUUAUUGUUCUUUUUUGCUUUUAGGAGUUUUAAGUAAAAAUCCAACACCGUCUAGUUCAUAUGUUGUAGGAAUGUAGGCAAUUACUCCUACGUAUGUUUUAUUAAUUAUUCAUAUUUCAAAUUAAUCGUAGGUUAUCGAAAUAUGUACUCGUGUAAGAAGAUCGAAAAUUGAAAAUCAAAAAAGGAAUUAGGAAGGUUAAAUGCACGGGACUAGAAUGUGUAGGUAUGUACCUUAAACAAAACAUAGGUGCCAAUAAAAAUAUCUUUAUCUUCAAAUGACCAAAAAAAACGAGUUUUUCCCUACUACGAGUACCUAUAUACCAAUAAAUAGGUACCUAAUUUAAUAUCGGUGGCAAAUUAAAAAUUUUAUUUAUGUCAAAAGGACAAAAAAUUGGAAAAACUAGAAAUUAAAAACCAAGUGUAGAAAUCUUAAAAUUGUUUUAUUUUUUAAACUUUUGUAUGCAGCAAAUUAUACA